GCGCUUGACCAAUUGUCAUUGUCUACAAAUCUACAAAGGAAAAAGGAUCUCCUGGAGAAUAAGGCAUCUGAAAUUGUGAAAAUUAUUAUUCUGACGGAUUCAAAGAAUUCCAGAACUUCAAUUUAGUUACAAAUUAAAAAAAAGGAUAUAGUAAAAGUGAAAACAAACUUGACAAAGUGAAUAUUUUCAAGAAAAUAAUCAAAGCAAACAAAUGAAAAAUGGAUCCUUUUACGCAGCGCAUGCUUGAAAAGGCAGAACAACGCAGCCGUGCCUUGGGCAUUUGCAGCACAGAUGCCAGUAAAUUUCCUUGUGGUGAUGCAAACACCUCGUCUUCGUCAAUGGCUUCAACAAUUAGUACAGGCAGCGGCGUCGGCGCCGCUUGUACAACAACAAUGGCGUUGGCUUCGCAACAAAAACAACAGCUGCCCUUGCAUUCUUCAGCAAACACAUCGUCGUCGACUGCUAGUGGUGGUGAAGGCACUGUAAAUAAAUUGCAUGUCGUGGAGAAAUCUGUGGAAACAAUGGCAUCAAAUUCCCAAAAUAAAUCUUCAAAUGUAUCGCCACGUAAGGUUUUGAGACAAUUUUCUGCUGUCGAUAAAGAAAAUAUGGAUUUGGGCAUAGAAAUUAACAUUAUGACCGACAAAAAUGUUGAGGUCCAAGUCCAAGUAGAGGAACAAGAAAUAACCGACGAUGAAGAUUACAGCAAACAUAUGGCGAAGUUGGGCAACAUUGGAACUUCCGAAGGCACCCAAAGGACAGUCGUCAAUGAGCCAGCUGUUAAAAUUCGUGAUACCUCACGUAAUCGCCUGCAACGCCUCGGUGCUCUAUAUUCUGACAAGGAUGAUUUAUCAUCUCCCAUACAUCGUACCGAGGCCAAUUUCCAUGCCGACAAUAAAGACGAAAUCGAUAUGAACAAUCAAUUGCACAAACCCAAGCAACGAUUUGGCAAAUUGGCUGCCUUGGCCAGCACCAUCAAUCAAUGGGAAGAUGACACCUCACAUCAUGUAGUGACUCCCACAACAGAGGUGACAAAAGUACCACCACCAAAACCCGAUUUGCCAAGUAGAGGCCGCUUGAGGCCAGAGGGUCAUCAUGUUAAAGGACAAGCACCACAACCACCCAAAGACCAGGCGCCCAAGUCUCCAAAGGCCCAACAGCCACCAAAAUCUCCCAAGGCUCUGCAGGCACCAAAAUCUCCCAAAGCCCAGCCAGCACCAAAAUCACCUAAAAACCCUGCCCCCAAAUCUCCCAAAAAUCUUGCUCCAAAAUCUCCCAAAGAUAAGGAACAGAAAACCAAACAACUGAAAUGGGAUCCUAAGGUUUUGAAUUCAUUAGAGGCCCAAGGUUUCCAGAGACGUGAGUCAUCGACCGUCAAGGUAUCGUAUGAUUUUAAACAAGAUGAAGAAAUGAUGAUGGACGAGGAACUACAAAGCACUGCUGUUCCAAAGGCAACCGAAGAACGACGUAAUGUGGGAAAAUUGGACACAACUAAAUUUAAUGCUCUGACCAGCAAUAAGGCAGAAAAUAAACCUCCAGUUGCAGAGAAAAAAGUGCCCACCGUUAAGGCGGGCUUAGUGUCGGGAAGAGCAGCAAUUUUCGAGGCCCAGGCCAAUCAGCAGCAACAACAACAGAAACCUCAAAAAGAUCCCACUGAGUUGUCGCUCAAAGAGCGUAUGAAACUUUUCGAAAAGAAUAAGGGAGAAGCCUUGGUGCCAAAGGCUGCUUUUGGUAUGGCACCUCCCAUUAGUAAAAUUUUACAGGAUUCCCACAAUAAAAAGGAGGAACAACAUUCCAAAGUUACAACCUCCGCGACAGCUGCAAGUAGUACAACAGCAGCAACAACUAAUCCUCCCGUCUUAGUGAAAACUAAACCUGAAAGUAAAUUACGUGACAAAGUAGCUGCCAUUUUUGGCUCUACUCAAUCGGAGAAUAAGAUUAAAGAAGACAUACGUAAACAACGUGAAGAAGAAAUGCAAUUGCUAGCCAAUCGUUUCAAUAAACAAAAGGAAAUUUUCUCACAACAACAGCAGCAGCAACAACAGACAUCGUCAAAGGAUCAGGAACUCAAGGAAUUGGCUCGUCAGGCCCAAGUUAAGGCAGCUGCAGCUUCCCUAAUCACAUCAUCAUCAUCCAGGCCACAUGCUCCGCCACCACCACCUCCAAUGCCAACGGGUGGCAAUCAGCAAACCACGAAAAGAAGAUCACCCGGUGAUGCUAUUGAUGGCGUGGGAGAAGACAGCAAACGGGUACGCACAAAUCGUCUAUAUCCCGCCUUAUCUGAUCUUGAGUCCAACGAAUCUCUUUCGGAUAAUGAAAAUAAUUAUUGUACUGCUGCUACGGCCUCGGCUCUCAGCACGGCCGAUGAAAUGAGGGCCUCGCUGGAACCAUUGCGUGGCCAAGACGCCGCUGCUCGUCACGAUGAAGACAACGAAGACAGUUAUAUGGAAACUGAAAAUGAAGAUAGCAGUGUUGGUAUUUGCAAUGGUAGUUUAGGACGUGAAAUAAUGCAAGUUGUGCAAAAGAAUGAUAAACAAACGACCCAUGUCAAGGAAGUUAGAUAUGCCGAUAAGGAUGAAUACUUUGAAGAUAAUACCCGUGAUUCAUCGUUAAAUUCCUCGGCAGCAUCAAUGGGUAUGGAUGAUUAUUUGGAUGAAGCCUUGGAAGAUAAUGAAGAUGGUGAUGAUGAUAUAACACAAGACGAAGAAGAUGAUGAAAAUAAUAGCCGCCUGUCAAGAGGGAGCAAAGGAACAACUGCCUCAAACAGUUUUAGUUUCCGCAAGGCAAAUACACCCAACAGACAGGGUACAUAUCAAACAAUACAUGAGGAGCAUUCUGAUGACCAACAUAAUGCCAUGAAUGUGGAAAAUGACAAUGGAGGCCCUGAUGGUGGUGCAUCCUAUAUGCAUCCAGUGAAAUCGGAAUUAAGCAUAAAUAAGGAAAAUGAAAAUGUUGUAACACUGGUGCAUACGGUCAGCUUUUAUCGUCGCCAACAAAGUGCAAAUAGUGCUAAUUCAACACCGAUACGAAAAAUAUGCCGCGAACAACAAGUUUUGCGUUCCGCCAUGGAAAAGCUAGAAACUAAAGGUGUUGGAGAACAAGUGCAUUUUGUACAUGAACCGACCGAAGAAAGUGAUGAAGAAAGUCAAUCUGAGGCCGAGCAAGAUGACUCUCAUUUGGUGCAGGAAAAAAUCAAGAAACUUUUGGAAGAAGUUUGUAAACAGCAGCAGGUUAUCGCGCAGACAAGCCAGGCUUUGAAUUUGUGUGCAGCCACAAUUGAGUUCUCCGGAUCCACAGAAUCAGUGGAAGGUGAACGACAUCUCUUGGUGGCAACCCAUCGUCGCCAGGCUUGUUUGGAUGAGGUACAACGUUUGCGUGUUGAAAAGACUUUACGCCCCUUGGGAGCACCUCGUGAAAAGGGCCGUCUCACAGUCAAAGAAAUCACUAUUCCCCUGAGACAAGAUUACAUACGCAAACUGGCAGCUGAUACCAUAUCUGGCCAUCAUCUUGUCUGCUUGCUCAAAUACAAUGAACAUGUUCUGGCCACCAAGACAGUGCCCACGUUACCCGGGCUUUUGGCCGUUAAAUUCCCCGACGUCUUGCAAUUGAAUAAUGUCUAUGCUGAUUUUAGAGUAACCCUGGAAAUUUAUGGUAUGACUGCCCAGCGUGAAGUUCUACCGCAUGAAGUAAAAUACCACAUAAAUUUGAAUAAAAAAUCUGGAGCAAAAACACCCAAAAAGAAAGGAUCCGAUAAUCGUUUGGUUAUGCCACCAGUCCAGAGUCCAGCUGGUCCCCAUGCAGUACGUACUCCUGCCUUGGUACAAUACGGUUUUGCGAUAUUCUCAUUGCGAGAGAUACAAAGGACCUCGUGGACAUUGACACAAGUCUUGGGUGUAAGUCCGCUGGAGGGUGUGGUUCACAUGAAGGUCAACUGUGAGCUUUCAGUAUCCGUGGAAUAUAAAGGUUUCCUCACCAUGUUUGAAGAUAUUUCCGGUUUUGGUGCUUGGCACCGGCGCUGGUGUCAUUUGAAUGGUACCAUGUUGAAUUAUUGGAAAUAUCCUGAUGAUGAAAAGAAAAAGGCUCCCAUGGGCUCAAUUGAUUUGUAUACAUGUUCAUCGCAAAAAGUCAAUACAGCGCCGCGGGAUAUUUGUGCUCGCCUCAACACCAUGUUGCUGGAGUGUCAAAGGCCGGCACGAGACACAGAUCAAGAGUCUUUGGUGAUUGUGCCAAAUGGUCGUACAACCACAGUGAGAUAUUUGUUGUCGGCCGAUACCAAGGAAGAACGUGAGGAGUGGUGUGCCUAUUUCAAUAAAGCCCUGACACUGUUAAGAGCAUGGGGUCCCCCACAGUAAAUCAUAAAAAUCCAUGCAUACCAGUUGUCUCCACAUCAUAACGCAAUGUCACAAACCUUGUCAAUGUUAACAUGAGUUCGUUCUAUUUGUAACCAAGUUAUCGUUGUUUCUCAACACAAACUACAUGUUGUUUAUAUGUUUAGUAUUAAUAAUAUUAUUUUUUAUGGAACAAGUAUUCGAAACGGCAUCGUUUCACAACUUAUUUUUGCCAUGAUAUUCUAAAUAUCAUAAAUUUGUCGUAUCACAUCUCAGUACAUACAUAAAUUGAGCUUAUUUAUAAGUUUAUGUGUAUUGUGUUUUAUUUUUGUUUUGCUUGCCAAAAUUGGUUUCAGAAAUUAACCAUUUAUAGUAUCGUAACCUCAAAAAUGAGGGACAGAAUAAAAAAAAACCAGCGUUAAUAACAUAACCUCACCGGUAUUUUUUGACGCAUUCGUUUUAUCAAGAAGCCCAGUUUAUAUAUUUUAUAGUCGUAAAUUUAAUGCAAUUCAAUGGUAUGGUAAUUCAUAAAAUUUCUAUGCAUUGUUUAAUAUUUGUAUAACAUAAUUAGCUAAGUCGUAUCUCUUUUUUGUAUUAUCCAGAUACAUGCGCAUUAUAUUUUUAAAAAAAGUAAAUACAAUAAAAUAUUUAUGUACUUAUGUAAAAAAACUCAAAA